UCGCUCCAUUGUUUCCCCGGCACCUAGUGCCCGCCUGACCCGCGCUGGCCUGGGCUCCGCUAGGAGCCGGGGGAGUCGCGGGCGUGGAAAGCACCAGCUGGCGGCGGCCCCGGGGCCCGUCAUUUGCUCCACAGCAUCUCCUCGGGGUCCGUCUGCAGCCGCCUUGCACCAGUCCUGCGAGAGGCCACCACCGGCGCGGACCCCCGGGCCCUGCUCGAGUGUGGCCUGGAGACCUCCCCGUCGGCCUCGGGGAGCCCGACAGCGGGACUCGGCUCUCCUUGCUUUCGUGCCUCAUAGAUCGUGCUCAUUUACUCAACAACUUGCAAGGACCAGAUUGAGCCCUGGUUUAGCACUGAACUGCACCAGGUGGGAUAUUGCUCCCAAAACGCUUUGUGAAACCCGGCUGCUCUACCUCAUUUACCCUUCCUCCGCUUUACACUCACCUCAAAAAAAAAAAAAAAAAAGGUUAAGAUGGCCCAUGACUGGUAACGCUGAUACUUAGAAGAAAUACAAAUUAUAUAAAAGUUAUUUCAAGGGAUCUCAGGAGCUAAUAAAUUGGCCCAAGACAACAAAGGCAUCAGAAGUUUUCCCUAAAAACAUGCUAAUGUUUGACCCAGUCCCUAUCAAGCAAGAAGCCAUGGAACCUGUUUCAGUGUCAUACCCAUCCAAUUACAUGGAUCAAAUUAAGCCAAACAAAUACAGCGUCAUUUAUUCUACACCAACUAUGUUGCACAAUAAAUUCUAUUCAACCCCAGAAGGACUAUCUAAUGGAAUCCAGAUGGAGCCAGUAGAUCUAACAGUGAACAAACGAAGCUCACCACCUUCAGCUGGAAGUUCUCCUUCCCCACUAAAAUUUCAGACUGUACACAGAAGAGCUUCGCCUGGACUAACUCUGUCCUCACCCAGCCCACCUAUGAAAAAAUUCACACCACCACCUCCUGGAGUACAGCCAUUUCCCUUACCAUUAACAAUCCCUCCAGUUAUGGCGGCUCUUUCACGCCAUGGACUUAGAAGCCCUGGAAUACUCCCAGUUAUACAGCCACUUGUGGUCCAGCCUGUUCCCUUCAUGUAUACUCCUCAUCUCCAACAACCUCUAAUGAUGCCUACAGUUCUUGCUGAUGAAUUGGAGAAUCCAAGUAGUGUACCAGUGCCUGUAAUUGAAUCUUAUGAAAAACCUCUAUUAAAGAAAACUAUUAAAGUAGAACCAGGAACCCAGUCACCUAGGACUGACUUCUAUCCUGAACAAAUGUCACCUCCAUUGAUGACUUCACUGUCUCCUCCCCAAGUAAUGUUGCAAGAGAAUCACCCUUCAGUUAUAGUGCAGCCUGGGAAGCGGCCUUUACCUGUGGAAUCUCCAGACACACAAAGGAAACGCAGAAUACACAGAUGUGAUUAUGAAGGUUGCAACAAGGUCUACACUAAAAGCUCCCACCUGAAAGCUCACAGAAGAACACAUACAGGUGAAAAGCCAUACAAAUGUACCUGGGAAGGAUGCACGUGGAAGUUUGCUCGUUCUGAUGAACUAACAAGGCAUUUCCGUAAACAUACUGGAAUCAAGCCUUUUCAAUGCCCAGACUGUGACCGUAGCUUCUCACGUUCCGACCAUCUUGCCCUUCACAGGAAACGUCACAUGUUAGUCUGAAUGUCUUUGGUCCUCUGACUCCCAUCACACUUUCUUUUUUUACAUGUGCAUUUUUAAUUUGGAUUCAGCUGGUCUGAAUCUCUGAGUUUAUACCAUUAAAAGCUUCCAUAUGGUCAGUAAUAGAUGUUCUCUAACCCUUCUAUGUUCUUGCCACGGGUCAGACCUAAAGAAUGUGAACACUUUUUUUUUUUUUUUUUCCUCUGGGGGAUGCUAAGCAAACCUUUUCUGCAGACAGUAUGUUUAAUGUAUUCCUUUGUGAAUAAGGGAACUUCAUUGGUUUCUCCAUAUAAUCAACCAGCAUAUAUUGAUAAACUAGUAAAUGCUAUUCAGUAUCCAGAUUGCUAAUCCUUGCCAGAGACUUUAUUUAUGUCCUGUAAAAAAUACUCUCUUUGUAUGCUCAACAAUGCAAUGAAUAGACUUUUCCAACAUUGUUGGUUACACCAUCCUGUUUAACAAAACACUUUUAGAAAGGCACCUCUUUGAUGUAGAAAUCCCCUCUGCCUCAAGAGCGAAAGAGCUAAGCAAUAUAUUCUUUUUAAAUCAUGAAAGUUUAAGUGGUAAAAUUCAUUUAGACCCAGCAGAAAUCAAACCAUACUGAGUACUGUGUUGUAUGUCUGUAUUCUGUUUGUAUUGCAUAAUGCCUUGGGAGAUUCAGCAGGUGAAGACCUUGCAUGAUGCUGGGCACAUCUACACAUGCUAUUAAUGUGCUUGAAUAACCUCCAGCACAGUUUGUGCC